CAUCGGUUAGAACUUAGGUUAUGUUUUAAUAAUUUAGAUUAUUUUGUUACUGAAUUCUUAGAAGACGUUGUAAUAUGUCUUUUCUAUCUUAUGCACCAGUAAUUUUAAAAAGAGUCGCUAAGCUUCGUUUUUCUAUUAACAGCACAUUCAGCAAACUAAAAAAUGAUAAAACCUACAGUUCGGUAGUUACAAAAACAAUUCACGAUGUUAACACAAAUGUAGUGAAAGACGUUAUAUUAUUCAAAUAUGAAAAUCCCAAAUUUUAUAUGUACAUGAAUAUAUUUGCUGUCGUUCAGUAUAUGUUUUGGACAUAUCUUGGUUUAUUUGCAUUACAAAAUUUGAGAGAUGCUCCGGUUGACAAAUCGAAGAUUACAGAUGAUACUCCAUGGUAUCGAAAAAUUAAUUUAGGCGAAAAUAAAUAUAGGAACACAUUGGGGGCAUUGUCAGUAAUAAUUGGAACCGGAUCUCUGGGAAUGAUAUGGAUGUACACACUCAAAUCGGUGAGGCUAUUAAUUCUUAACAAAGGUGGGCGGCACCUAACGUUUGUUACCUAUGCACCAUUUGGUAAUAACCGUAUUAUGAAAGUUCCCAUUGAAUGUGUAUGUUGUAAGGAGAACAGAAAGUUGGCAAAGGUUCAGCUACCACUUAAAGUUAAAAACACUUUAAUGCAUUAUAUGCUCGAUAUGAGAGGGGAAUUCAAGAAUCCUUUAUUAUUUGACUGUACUGCUGGACUAAAAAGGAUUUGGUAACAAUUUUUUGUGUAAAUUUUCCAUUUGUACAGAGUGUAUUAAAGUGUUUAUAUACAGUUUUAGUU